AUGACGCCACAAGAGCCAGCUCAGCAGCAGCAGCAGGGAGGAAGGGUCCAGGAAGAUGCGGCAGGCUGGGAGAAGGAGGAAGAAGCAGAGGGGGAAAAGAGCAGAGGUCAGAGAGAAGGAGAGGUGGAGAGGGCAGUCGAGGACGGCCUUGUAUCGGGGGCGCUAUUAGAGAGGAUGACGGGAGGUCAGCAAAGACAAGAUUUGCCGCCUAUUGGCACAGUACCAGCUGCAACGCCUCCUAGCACGGUGGCAGCAGCUGCCACUGCCACUGCCACUCCCUCGGCGGCUCCCUCAACUGCUGCUCCCUCGGUUGCUGGAGGAACGGCAAAUGGCUCUAUCGCUCCCCUCCUGCCAUCCCCAAGUGCUGUCCCCGCCUAUCUGCCGGUCCCCGGCAUGUUGCCCCCUCUACCGGGUGUACCGUCCUCCUUACGAGACACGUCUAUGAGCGCGGUGAAUGCAGCGGCUAAUGAUGCCCUUAUUGGUGCUCUGCGGGCCGCUGUCACCCAACUGCAGCGAGCGCAAAAGGCCCUGGAGUGCACAUCCGACUUGCAGCAAACGCAACAGGUGGGUGCGCCUGCUGAGUCACCUGGUGGGUGUUCUCGCUGA